AUGUCCGAAGUAUCAGAUAAAGCGAAACCUGGUUGGAGGAUUUCUCGCGCAUGCGAAGAAUGUCGCAGGCGUAAAAUCAAAUGCAAUGGGCUGACCCCGUGCAAAACAUGCUAUAUGCGCAACACACCCUGCGUCUUUAGGGAUUACAUUCGCAAUCGGCGUAAGAAGCAUGAGCUUGAUGGAGCCAGCCAGAUUGGCUCCCCUCGUCGGGGUUCCCCGAAUAGAGCUCCAUCAUCGGCGCAGCGCACAUCCUCUGUGAUGAAUGACUUCCCAAAUAGUGUGUCUGCGACACACAUGGCCUCCCCAUCAUGUCGGAUGCAGCUAUACUAUGGACCCACGUCGCAUUUCUCUCUUAUGCAGCACAUAUACCGAGACCUUGUGUCUAAUCCUACUGCCCAGCCUGAACCUUCUGGUGGAGUUGAGGAAGCAGGAGCUGGUUUGGAUUUGUUUAGCUUUCGUCGGAUCUUCUUUGGUACCCCUGACUCCCUUGAGAGCAACAAGAAUCUCGGGACUGGAGAUUUAUCUAUGAUGUUUCUCCCGUACGACCUGGCUAAACAAUUUCUUUCGCGAUAUCUUUCCAGCCUGUAUCAUAUGCUGCCACAUCGCCCUAAGCUAUACUACGAAGAGUGUCUGGAUCGACUGUACAGCCCUCGUCCUACGGACCGUCUUGACACUCCCACCCAAGCCAUUAUACUUCUCGCCAUGGCUAUUGCGGCGAUUGGAACAGAACAAUUCGCUUGGGGCGAUAUACUGUUUGAGCGAGUCAAGGCUUCUUUGAGCGCAUUUGAUGAUGUGGUGAAUGUCCAAAUGAUCCAAAUUGCAUUGCUCAUGAUAAGUGAUUCUCCAUCCGAUAUUCUCUAUCAAAACGAACAAGGUCGGCCCAACUCGGCAUUUCUGCACUUGGGCACUGCUUCGCGCAAAGCCUUAUCAGCCGGUCUGCAUAAGGACGUUCCCGCUGGGGGCGACCAAAAUUCAGAAAGCAUUGAAGAGCGACGAGUAACCUUCUGGUCUCUCUAUAUCUACGAAACUUGGUUUUGCUUCCAUGCAGGCCGUCCCAGCUCCCUAUCCUUGAAAGAUGUUGCCAUCGAGUAUGCGCGGGACCCAUUCAUUUGCUUACUAGUGCAGCUUUGUAAGACCAUCACCCGCUCGACCGAGCAAAUAUAUGGCCAACGGCAUGAGUCUUUGCUGCAUAUGUGGAAAGUCGCUCGGUCUAUCGCGGACGAUCUCCGUGGUCAUGAAGCCUAUCUGCGACAGGCUCUGGGGUUUGGUCUUGACGACCGCAUCCAGGGGGGUUCUCUGGGGGUUAGACAAGCAAUAUUCAUUACCUUAUACAACCACACCCUGCUUCUCACGUUUCGCCCAUUCCUGAUAUUCCGCGGCCAUUUGCAGCGCGAGAGAAAUAUAUUGCUCAACCAGUCUAGGACUGAUGCACCGCAUCACCCCAGAGAAACGCCUUCUUGGCUUAACGAAGCCUGCAGCCAUGCAAUCACCACCGCCCAAAAAACAAUCCGCCAUCUUUGUGAGGCUUCAAGAGUCAAUGAUCUUGUUCGAGAAUUGCGAUACCAUGGGUAUUUCUUGGGUAGUUCCUCGUUCACUCUAAUCUACGAGAUCGUCCAUAGUCCGAAUGUCGCCCCAGUCUAUCUGCCAUGGGUUUAUGCUUCUUUGCAGACCAUGAUGACCAUGCGAACUGGUGACCCGAUUACAAGCACAAUUUCAGCCAUGCAGACCGUGCUCCGGAAGAUCAAUCCAUCUUACGAGUGGUCACCAUAUCCGGCGCCAACUGGCGAAAAUAUUCCGAGCUUAGCAGGAACAACCACUCAGCCAGCCUUCCCUCACGAUCCCAGGAAUCGGUCAUUGCUCAAUAGCCCCGAUAUUCUAGAGAACCCGCCGCUGGAGACUCAGUCUGGCCAACCAACAUCUCCCUGGAACCUUCCACAACUAGGCAAUCUGGCUACCCCCGACGCUUGGGGCUCCCUGGCCUCUGGAGAAGACUUGCUUGAUUUCACACAGUCUGAUAUGGGUUGGGAUUUCGAUUUCUCUACCAUGGACUUGGAGGCGUUCUUCUCGAUUCAUCAAUCAAAUGAUGCUCAGGUCGUUUUAUAA